AUGGCCUCGUCUGCUCCGCCUACCGCCUCCGAUCACGACGGUUUGGUAUCGAGGCCUGAAAAAGUUAUCCAUCUCACCUCCUCCCCAUCCUCGCCGACUAUGUCUUCUUCACCCAAAUCCCUUACCAACGAUGAAGAUGAUAUACCAACGUUUGAAUUAUCCGAGUUUACUAUCAAAGAGUUAUUGGGCGCGAUCCCUGCCCACUGUUUUGAACGAUCCCUGUUCAAGAGUUCACUCUAUGUCCUCAGAGACUCAAGCUUUACAAUCGCCCUGGUCUUCUUGGGCCGUCAGAUCGACCCCAACUUCAACCGUAUCGAUGGCCAACUUGUUAAUGGCCGCGAGGGUGCUAUUUUGAAUUUUCUUGCUUGGGCUUUUUACGGCUAUUGGAUGGGUUUAGUUUGGAUGGGUUUCUGGGUCUUGGGCCAUGAGUGUGGCCAUCACGCCUUCUCCCCUUACAAUUCGAUCAACCUCGCAGUUGGCUGGGUCUUGCACUCCGCCCUCCUCGUACCCUUUCACUCCUGGAGGAUCACCCAUGCCCAACACCAUGCCGGGACAUGCCACAUGAAGCGAGAGCAAGCCUUCGUGCCUUGCACGCGCUCCCAGCUUGGACUACCUCCACUAGCAGACGGUUGCAGCAAGAAAGAGGUAGACGGGUCUCAUCCCCCCAGCUUUUACGAUAAAGUGGACGAUCUACUCGUGGAUGCUCCCCUCUGGGCUUUGUUUAAGUUGAUCAUCCAUCAGUCAAUCGGGUUCACCACCUACCUAUUGACCAAUGCAUCAGGCCAGAAGCAUUAUCCCCGUUGGUGGACGAAUCACUUGAACCCAUACGCCAUUAUGUUUGGCCCGCGCCAUCGAUCCCAGGUUUUGUGGUCGGAUCUUGGUAUUGCUAUCACUAUUAGCUGCUUGACUUAUCUUGGCAAACAUACCGAUUUUUUGACGGUCUUCAAGUAUUACAUUGUACCCUACCUCAUAGUUCAUCACUGGAUGGUGUUGAUUACUUUCUUGCAACACACCGAUCCUUCGCUACCUCAUUAUCGCGAAGGAGCUUUCACCUUUCAACGUGGCGCAAUUGCCACCAUGGACAGAAAGAUCCAUGGCUUUUUCACCCAUGGUUUGGCCGAAACCCAUGUCGCUCACCACUUGUUCUCCAGGAUCCCUCACUACAACGCCUGGGAUGCAACCGAUGCAUUGAAAGUCAAACAAUGUCGCUUUGUCGAAGACGAAGGUGAUGUGGUAUUCUACAAGAAUGCCAAAGGCAAAGCUGCCAGACGAUAUGUUCCGAGGGACAUUAUCAGCAUCGAUGCCAGCGACUCGGGCGUUGAUGUAGACGAGUCUACCAAAUAA